UAAAACAGAAGGAAGGAAGAGAGAUAGCAGAAGCAAUGGAUCCUCAAGAAUUCCAAGUUUUCCAUGAGCAAAUUACCAACUUUGGCUAUCAAAGUUUUAUCAAUGAAAGCAACUAUGAUCAUUUGAUUGAUCUCAUUAGAGGAGAAAAUGCAGAAGAACCCAUCACCAGUUUCAUUCCAAAUUAUGAUGGUAAUGAACUUAUGUUUAAUGGUGGUUUGGUUGAUAACCAUUUUCCUCCUUCUUCCAUGCUUGGAGACAUGUUUGAUUUUAACUCAAAUCCCAACUCUACUUUCAAUUCAUUACCACAAUUUAGUGAAGAAGAUGAGAUAAGAGAAGAUGAGAACGAAAACGAUGGGUAUAAUUCCUCUGCAACUACAACAACUACAUCGACGAAGAACGUAGAUCGAUCGAGAACUUUGAUUUCUGAAAGACGUCGAAGGGGACGUAUGAAGGAGAAGCUCUAUGCAUUGCGUUCUUUGGUUCCUAACAUAACUAAGAUGGACAAGGCUUCUAUUGUUGGAGAUGCAGUGCUGUACGUGCAAGAUUUGCAAAUGGAAGCAAAGAAGUUAAAAGCUGAGAUUUCUGGGUUAGAGUCAUCUUUAAAAGGAGGAGUAGAGAGACUUCAAGAUUUUGUUAAUAAACCCAAGAAAAUUCCAGAGUUUGAUAAGAACCAUUUAAGUUGCAGGAAGAUAGUUCAGAUGGAUGUGUUCCAAGUGGAAGAGAGAAGUUAUUAUGUGAGGUUGGAAUCUAUUAAGGGAGAAGGGGUAGCUGUGGGUCUUCACAAGGCUCUUGAAUCACUAACUUGUUUUGAUGUUAAAGAUUCCAAUUUCAGCACUGUUUGUGAGAGAUUGGUCUUGACAUUUACACUCCAUGUAAGAGAAUGUGGAGAAGAGAUGAACAUGUCGACUUUGAAGAUAUGGGUUACAGGGGCUCUUCUCAACCAGGGAUUUGAGUUCAAGACACCAAUAUAG